AUGACGCUAGAUGAUGACACAGAUUGGGUUUAUGGAUACUACAGGCAACAGAGAAAACUUGUUGAAGAGAUCAGCUGGUCCUAUACAGGAGCACUGAAUCCAAAAAAUUGGGGGAAGAAGUAUCCAACAUGUAAUAGCCCCAAGCAGUCUCCUAUCAAUAUUGAUGAAGAUCUUACACAAGUAAAUGUCAAUCUUAAGAAGCUUAAAUUUCAAGGUUGGGAUAAACCAUCCUUGGAAAACACAUUCAUUCAUAACACUGGGAAAACAGUGGCAAUUAAUCUCACUAAUGAUUACCGUCUCAGCGGAGGAGCUUCUGAAAUGGUAUUCAAAGCAAGCAAGGUAGCUUUUCACUGGGGAAAAUGUAAUGUAUCGUCUGAAGGAUCAGAACAUAGUUUAGAAGGACAAAAAUUUCCACUUGAGAUGCAAAUCUACUGCUUUGAUGCAGAGCGGUUUUCAAGUUUUGAUGAAGCAGUCAAAGGAAAAGGGAAGCUAAGAGCUUUAUCCAUUUUAUUUGAGGUUGGAAUAGAAGAAAAUUUGGAUUACAAAGCAAUUAUUGAUGGCGUUGAGAGUGUUAGCCGUUUUGGGAAGCAGGCUGCCUUAGAUCCGUUCAUACUGCUGAACCUUCUGCCAAACUCCACUGACAAGUAUUACACCUACAAUGGUUCCCUCACGUCUCCUCCCUGCACAGACACCGUUGACUGGAUUGUUUUUAAAGAUACAGUUAGCAUCUCUGAAAGCCAGCUGGCUGUUUUUUGUGAAGUUCUUACAAUGCAGCAGUCUGGGUAUGUCAUGCUGAUGGACUACUUACAAAAUAAUUUCCGAGAGCAACAGUACAAGUUCUCCAGGCAGGUGUUUUCCUCAUACACUGGAAAGGAAGAGAUUCACGAAGCAGUUUGUAGUUCCGAACCAGAAAAUGUUCAGGCGGACCCGGAGAAUUACACCAGUCUACUGGUGACGUGGGAGAGACCUCGAGUGGUUUAUGACGCCAUGAUCGAGAAGUUUGCAGUCCUUUACCAGCAGCUGGAAGGAGAAGACCAAACCAAGCAUGAAUUUCUGACAGAUGGCUAUCAAGACUUGGGUGCUAUUCUUAAUAAUUUACUGCCCAAUAUGAGCUACGUUCUUCAAAUAGUAGCCAUAUGCAGUAAUGGUUUAUAUGGAAAAUACAGCGACCAACUGAUUGUCGACAUGCCCUCUGAUGACCUUGAACUUGACCUCUUUCCUGAAUUGAUUGGAACGGAAGAAAUAAUCAAGGAAGGAAAAGAGAUUGAAGAAGAUGAUAUUAUGAAUCCUGGUAGAAACAGUGCCACAAACCAAAUAAGGAAAAAGGAACCACCGAUUCCUCCCACAACAAGCUACAAUCAAAUAGGGACUAAAUACCAUGAGGCCGAGACGAACCUAUCCCCAACAAGAGGAAUUGAAUCUUCUGGAAAGGGUGAUAUUCCCAAUGCAUUUUUCAGUUCUACUUCCCAGACAGUAACUGAAUUUGUUCCAGGAAAAGAUAUUUCCUCGACUUCACAAACUGGGAUUCAACAGCCACAUCAUACAGUGGAAGGUACUUCAACCUCUUUAAAUGACAGCUCUAAAACUGCUCUUAGAGUUCCACAUAAGAACUUGACUGGGACUGUGGAAUCUUUAAAUAUGAUUUCUAUUACAGAGUCACCUGAGGUAUCUACUGAUAUCAAUGAGGAAGAGAGUGGAUCGCUUCAUUUCAAACUUGAUAUGGGAACUGAUGAUUCUUCAGGCUCCAGUCCUACAGCAUCUGCUAUUCCACGUAUCUCGGAGAACAUGUUUCAUGGCUAUAUAUUUUCUUCAGAAAACCCCGAGGCAAUCACAGAGGAAGCCCUGAUUCCAGAUACUAUGAGAAAUGCCUCAGAAGAUUCAGUCUCAUCGGGUUUGGAGGAAUCUUUAAAGGAUCCUUCCACUGAUGGACAUAUGUGGUUCCCUAGAACAACCGAUGUUACAAUGGAGGGAUCAGGUAAAGAGAGAUUUCUCCAGACUAAUUAUUCUGAGACACAUAUUGAUGAAUCUAAAAUGACAACUGAGUCCGUUUCUCCGGAACCCCUGGGAUCGCAGUUGCCCUCAGUCACAGAUAUGGAAAUGCCACAUUAUUCUACUUUGGCUUACUUCCCGACCGAGAUAACGCCUCAUGCUUUCACUCCGUCCUCCAGACAACACGAUUCGGCCCCCACUGUCAAUGUGGUUCUCUCGCAGACAACUCAACCAGUAUACAAUGGUGAGACACCUCAACCUUCCUACAGUAGUGAAGUUUUUCCUCUAGUCACCCCUUUGUUGCUUGACAAUCAGAUCCUCAACACUACCCUUGCUGCUUCAAGUAGUGAUUCGGCCUUGCAUGCUACGCCCAUGUUUCCCAGUGUUGAUGUGUCAUUUGACUCCAUCCUGUCUUCCUAUGAUGGUGCACCUUUACUUCCAUUUUCCUCUGCUUCCUUCAGUAGCGAAUUGUCUCACCAUCUGUACACAGCUUCUCAAAUCCUUCCGCAAGUUACUUCAGCUCUUGAGAGUGAUAAGGUGUCCCCGCAUGCAUCUCUGCUGGUGGCUGGGGGUGAUUUGGUAUUAGAACCCAGCCUUGCUCAAUACUCUGAUGUGAUGUCGCAUCAAACUACCGCUCAUGCUGCUUCCGAGACAUUGGGAUUUGGUAGUGAAGCCGGUGUCCUUUAUAAAACGCUCAUGUUUUCUCAAGUGGAACCAGGCAGUGCUGAUGUCUUGAUGCAUGCGCGUUCUCCAGGGCCUGAAUUUUCUCAUGCCUUAUUCAAUAAUGAGGGCUCCCAAUACAUCUCCACGGUUUCUCACAGUUCAGCAAUACCUGUGCAUGAUUCUGUCGCUGUAUCUCAUCUGGGGUCCUUAUUUAGCAGCCCUAGCCAUGUACUGAUGCCUGAGUCUUCAUUAAUAGCCCCAACUGCAGCACUGCUGCUGCCCACCCAUGCCCUCUCUGACGAUGUGGAGUGGUCUGGAGCCUCCUCUGGUAGUGAAUCUCCUUUACCUGACACAGAUGGGCUGACAGCCCUUAACAUUUCUUCACCUGUUUCUGUAGCUGAAUUUACAUAUCCAACAUCUGUGUUUGAUGAUGAUAAUAAACCGCUUCCUAAAAGUGACAUCAUAUAUGGAAAUGAGACUGAACUGCCAAUUUCUUCUUUCAGUGAAAUGGUUUACCAUUCUGAAAGCACACUCAUGCCUGACCUGUAUGAUAAUGUAAAUAAUUUGAACGCGUCUUUACAAGAAACUCCUAUUUUUGUUUCUAGCGCAAAGGGUAUGCCUCCCGAGUCUCUAGUUUUUACCACCAUUAAGGUUUUUGAUCAUGAGAUUAGCCAACCUCUAGAAAAUACAUUUACUGUUCAACCUACACGUGCUGUAUCGCAAGACUUUGGUGACACCUUGCUUAAACCUGUGCUUAGUGCGACCUCAGAGCCAGCACACUCUGGUCCCGCUUCUAGUGAAAUAUUAUCUCCUUCAGCUCAGCUUUUGCCUUAUGAUGCCUCAACUUCCUUUAACACUGAAACAUUGCUGCAAGCGCCCUUUCAGGCUUCUGAAGUUGACACCUUGCUUCAAACUGCUCUUCCAGCUGUGCCUAGUGAUUCAAUAUUGGUUGAAAGCCCCAAGGUUGAAAAAAUUAGUUCUACAAUAUUGCAUCUCAUGGCAUCAAGCUCUGCUUUGAGUAAAAAUAUGCUACACUCUACGUCGGUGCCAAGUUUUGAUGUAUCGUCUACUUCGAGUAUACAGUCUGUUUCUUUCCAAGGUGUAGCCAUUGCUUAUGCAAGUAAGAAAUUUGCUGAACCAGUUUUGCUUAGAAGUAAAAACCCCCCACAAUUGGUGCCUCCGUUGUACAGUAAUGAUGAGUUGUUCCAAACUGCCAAUUUGCAGAUUAGCCAUGCCUUUCCCCCACAAGUAAGGCGUGCCUUUGCUACUCCUGCUUUAUCUGUCGAUGCUUUGCCAAGUAUACCUAUAAGUAAGCUUAUAUAUUCUGAUGAUGUUUUCACCUCCACCAAAAGUUCUAUUCCUGAUGAGGUCUUUGCUGGUUCUCCGACGGUCGUUUCGGAUAUACUUGUAUCUGCUGAUCCGUCUGCUCCUGUGGAAAAUGGAUUGGCUUCCAUUGCAGCCUUCUCUCCAAACAGAGAUGGUUCUUUAACAACAACCUAUUUGUUUGGGCCUUCUAAAACAACUUCCGAACUGACUCACAAUGCCAGUUCUGAUGCUGAUUUAGUGGGUGGAGGUGAUUUUGGUGAUAUGGAUGAUGAUGAUGAUGAUGAUGAUGAUGAUGAUGAUGACAGAGAUAGAGAUGGCGUAUCCAUAAAUAAGUGCAUGUCAUGCUCAUCCUAUAGAGAAUCUCAGGAAAAGGGCCUGAAUGAUUCAGACACCCAGGACAAGAGUCUUGUGGAUCAGGAUACCCCAAACUCCCAUUCAUUCUCUGAGAAUUCUGAAGAAGAGAAUGAAGUCGCAGUUGUAACCUCAAACAGUCAGCCUGGAAUGGACAGAAGUCCUGGCAAAAUGUCACCAACAAAUGUGCAGCCUCUAAAGCACAAUGAUGCACAUGAGGAAAAUGACCUUCAAACCAGUAGUGCCCUCCUUCCUUUCACCCCAGAAUCCAAAUCGUGGGCAGUUCUUACAAGUGAUGAAGAGAGCGGAUCAGGGCCAAGUACCUCAGAUAGCCUUAAUGAUAAUGAGACUUCCACAGAUUUCAGCUUUCCAGAUGUUAAUGAAAGAGAUGCUGAUGGGGUCCUGGAAGGAGGUGACUCAGAGAUAACUCCUGGAUCCCCACAGUCCUCAACACCAUCGGUCACUAGUGGACACGCAGAAGUGUUCAACGUUUCAGAGGCAGAAGCCAGUAAUAGUAGCCAUGAGUCUCGUAUUGGUCUAGCUGAGGGUUUGGAAUCCAAGAAGAAGACAGUGGUUCCCCUUGUGGUCGUGUCAGCCCUGACUUUUAUCUGUCUAGUGGUACUUGUGGGUAUUCUCAUCUACUGGAGGAAAUGCUUCCAGACGGCACACUUUUAUCUAGAAGAUAGUACAUCUCCUAGAGUCAUAUCCACACCCCCGACACCGAUCUUUCCAAUUUCAGAUGAUGUCGGAGCAAUUCCUAUAAAGCACUUUCCAAAACAUGUUGCUGAUUUGCAUGCAAGUAAUGGGUUUACUGAAGAAUUUGAGACACUGAAAGAGUUUUACCAGGAAGUACAGAGCUGUACUGUUGACUUAGGUAUUACAGCAGACAGCUCCAACCACCCAGACAACAAGCACAAAAACCGAUACAUCAACAUAGUUGCCUAUGAUCAUAGCCGUGUUAGACUUGCACAACUUGCUGAAAAAGAUGGCAAACUGACUGAUUAUAUCAACGCCAAUUAUGUUGAUGGGUACAACAGACCAAAAGCUUACAUUGCUGCCCAAGGCCCACUGAAAUCCACAGCUGAAGAUUUCUGGAGAAUGAUAUGGGAGCAUAACGUGGAAGUCAUUGUCAUGAUAACAAACCUUGUGGAGAAAGGAAGGAGAAAAUGUGACCAGUACUGGCCUGUCGAUGGAAGUGAAGAAUAUGGAAACUUUCUGGUCACUCAGAAGAGUGUCCAAGUGCUUGCCUAUUAUACUGUGAGGAACUUUACUCUAAGGAACACAAAAAUAAAAAAGGGGUCUCAGAAAGGAAAGUCCAGCGGGCGGGUGAUAACACAGUAUCACUACACGCAGUGGCCUGACAUGGGAGUGCCGGAGUACUCUCUACCCGUGCUGACCUUCGUGCGGAAGGCAUCCUACGCCAAGCGCCAUGCAGUGGGGCCGGUGGUUGUUCACUGCAGUGCUGGAGUUGGAAGAACAGGCACAUACAUUGUGUUGGACAGUAUGUUGCAACAAAUUCAUCACGAAGGAACAGUCAAUAUAUUUGGCUUCUUAAAGCACAUUCGUUCACAAAGGAAUUACUUGGUGCAAACUGAGGAACAGUAUGUCUUCAUUCAUGAUGCAUUGGUUGAGGCCAUACUGAGUAAAGAAACUGAGGUGCCGGACAGCCACAUCCAUGCCUACGUUAAUACUCUUCUCAUUCCUGGACCAACAGGCAAAACAAAGUUAGAGAAGCAAUUCAAGCUCCUGAGCCAAUCAAAUAUACAACAGAGUGACUAUUCCACAGCCCUGAAGCAAUGCAACAGGGAGAAGAACAGAGCUUCCUCCAUCAUCCCUGUGGAAAGAUCCAGGGUUGGCAUCUCAGCCUUAAGCGGGGAAAGUACAGACUACAUCAAUGCCUCCUAUAUCAUGGGUUAUUAUCAGAGCAAUGAAUUCAUCAUCACCCAGCAUCCUCUGCUCCACACCAUCAAAGAUUUCUGGAAGAUGAUAUGGGACCACAACGCCCAGGUUGUGGUUAUGCUUCCUGAUGGUCAAAACAUGGCAGAAGAUGAAUUUGUUUAUUGGCCGAAUAAAGAUGAGCCUAUAAAUUGUGACAGCUUUAAGGUCAUUCUAAUGGCUGAGGAACAUAAAUGUCUCUCUAAUGAGGAAAAAGUUAUCGUUCAAGAUUUUAUAUUAGAAGCGACACAGGAUGAUUAUGUACUUGAAGUAAGGCAUUUUCAGUGUCCCAAAUGGCCAAAUCCUGACAGCCCCAUUAGUAAAACUUUUGAACUCCUAAGUAUUAUCAAGGAAGAAGCCACCAACAGGGAUGGACCCAUAAUUGUCCAUGAUGAGCACGGAGGAGUGACAGCAGGAACGUUCUGUGCCCUGACAACACUUAUGCAUCAGCUAGAAAAAGAAAAUUCCAUGGAUGUUUACCAGGUAGCCAAGAUGAUCAAUUUGAUGAGACCAGGGGUCUUUGCCGACAUUGAGCAGUAUCAAUUUCUCUACAAAGCUGUCCUUAGCCUGGUGAGCACAAGGCAGGAAGAGAACCCAUCGACUUCUCUGGACAGUAACGGCACAGCACUGGCAGAUGGAAAUAUUGCUGAGAGCUUGGAGUCUUUAGUUUAA